GUUCCGACUGGUUAAGGAUGUUGGUGUGAGCUUCUUCUGAUUCGGAUUGUGGUUGUCUUUAAACGGGACCUCCCGCGGUAACAAUGGAAUUCUGCUUAGUGACCUCGUUCUCGUAACAUGGGAAAACGACACCUUCCAUGUAAAUAAUCUUCCCCGUUGUCUUUGCUGACAUGCUUCGCUGUUGUCUCUUUCUAUCUAACAAGAAAGACAGGUUUUGAAAUGAUGCAUCCGUUAAGAACAGUUGGAAGGGUAGACACUUUCGUACAGACUUUUCUGCUUGCCUGGAGUCGCAGAACGCCAGCUAUUUUGCCAACUAUAUGCUCGUCAGCCUCGCUUUUCGUUCUGCUUCGAAUAUAGGCCACUUUUUCUUGCUUCGGUCGUCCAUUUCUUCAUCGUCUUCUAGCGUGUUAUCGCUUUGAACCUCUCGGGCUAAGUAGGUGCUUUUUUCGGACGGCGACGGUCGCCGGUUCAGGUGGCGUCGAUCACAGUUGGGGUCCCGUCCGGCGCUCCCUAAUUGAAUCCGGCGUCCAUCCCUCUCCCGCGGUGCAGAACGAGUGUUUGACAGAGCUGUCAUCGAUUGUGGAAGAAACGCGAUUUCCCCUUCGUCACCCGGUGCACUGACAUCCCGAUCACGCGUCUCCCCCCUCGAGACUCCGUGCACGGAAGUCGACUUUCAAAAUCCCGCCGGAUUACUUGGAUCAGCAAAUUGAAGGAACGCACGACGCGAUGCUACUGUGUUCCUUCCCCUGGAACUGUGAUUCUCGCUGCCAUGGUGAGUGACAGCGACGCCAUGCUGAACAGCACCUGUCCCGCGCUCAAUGUGUCCGGGAACUGCACGCUGACUGCGGCGCUCGAGUUUCCACCGUACAUCAGGACAGCGGCAACGUUGGCCAUCGCCCUGUUGCUCACCUUGGGCACCGUGGGUAAUUUGCUCGUGCCGCUUGUGGUGUGCAAGACUAAGGACCUGCGAAACUCGACGAACCUUUUCCUCAUCAACCUCAGCGUAUCUGAUCUUCUCGUGCUUCUGGUGUGCAUGCCUACAGCCCUCGUCGAGCUGCAUUCUCAGCCUGAAGUCUGGAUCCUUGGUGAAGGAAUGUGUCGACUGAUCCCAUUCCUGGAACUGGCCGUAGCCCAUGUCUCCAUCCUGACUAUCCUGGCGAUCAGCUUCGAGCGUUACUACGCCAUCUGCAAGCCGCUCAAAGCCGGCUACACGUGCACCAAGAUGCGGGCGCUCGCCAUAAUCGCCACCAUCUGGGUGGUGGCCCUGCUGGUGACCAGCCCCAUGCUGGCCGUGUCCGAGUACGGCUCAGUGGAGUACUACGACGGAUCCAACGUGCUAUCGUGCGGCGUCUCGUACGGCGUCCUGUGGCGCAAAGUGUACAUCCUUGCGACCAUCGCACUCCUCUUUGUGCUGCCCUUCUUUAUCCUGGUCAUCGUGUAUUCCUGUAUCGCUCAACAUCUCAUGAUCCACGGUCGGGCCCUCAGCUGCUCGUCCUCGGAGCAAGCCCAAAUUAGGGCCCGCCGCCAGGUCGUGAUGAUGCUGGUCGCCGUUGUGCUGUCCUUCUUCCUGUGCCUACUGCCUUACCGGGUUUUCAUCGUGUGGAUUAUCGCCGCGCCGGAGCCAGUCCAGGCGCACAUAAGCCUCGAAGUCUUCUACAACCUGCUCUAUGUCUGUCGGCUCAUGCUCUACCUCAACUCGGCUAUAAACCCGAUACUCUACAACGCCAUCUCCUCCAAGUUUCGAGACGCUUUCUGCAGGCUCCUGGGCUGUCGACGUCACAGACUUCUACGGCAAUCCACGACGAACACACAGACCAGCACUUCGCUCACGUUCCAGAGCAGUCUCAAGAGCCGCUCCAGUAUCAACAACGGCGCCUUCAACAGUGUCGUGUCUGUUGGCGGGACGCCCCCGACAGCGAAGUCUGUGUGACCCAGACCGGCCAGGUUCAGGAAGUCAUCGCAGCCGACGAGCAGUCUCUCGCCUUGUCUUCACAGACAAAAGGCAGUGCAUUGCGAAUUGGAAUUGGUGGCCAGACAAGCCUUGACGCGAGGUGUCGCGUCCAGAGUACGUGCACCUGUUUUCGUGCACCAGUGUGAGUGAUGCUUAGACACGUGAUUGACUUCUACGCUGGUGUUUCACGUGUUCUUGUAUUCCACACACUCUUGAUUGAACAGUGAGACAACUGGAAGGAUAGACAGAGACUCAAGUCGUGUAUUGUUUAUAGCAUAAAGAAUGAGUAUAUAACAGUGGUAAUAUUUUGGGCAUUUUUAUAAUGCUGUGUUCGCAGCAGUGUGGCGCUCAAGGAUCCAACCUUCUUAGAUGUGGAACGAUGCUUCGAAAACAAGCUGUUGUGAUACGUGUUGAUAGUGAGUUUAAAAUCACGUCUAUUCGACUGUGUUCAUCGUCACUCAACCAUGUGACUAGCAGUGUUGCGAUAAGCUUGUUCAACAGUGUUUACAAGCAUCCGUGUUUUCCUUAUACUAUAGUUUGGCUGGAUCAUAAACACCACGGCAGUAGAUCACCAUUAAGACAGUGUUCUUGAGUACGUGUUUGUGUUAGUCAUCAAUUCAUCAAGUUCAACUUUCACAGUCCAUCUCGAGGGCGUCUCAAACGUCAGAAAAAAAAAAGUGGCUUAAGGGCAGAAUAUGGCUAUACCCACCAGGCAACCUUCAUUUCGAACGGUGCAAGAGAGAUUGGUGGAGGAUCAAACCUCCUUUCACAAGUCUCUCUCUUCUCUCUCAGAAAGUCAAUGAAAGAGAUGAAGGAGCUGUCCGGGUGGCUAUAUACACUUGCAUUACAAACACCUGUAUUUGAAAAUGCGACCCUAACUAUUUUUUUUUCCAGUUGGUGACGGUCACAGAGAGUAUUCACCCAGAGAGUCUUCAAAUUUCACGCAAAUAAGUUGGAAAGCCAAACAUUGGAAAGUGCGCAAAUGGUGCCUGCACUUUUGUUUACCCGCCGCACUACCACUAUCUAGUAUAGCAUAAGAGGAUAUCCUAGAAAAUUGUGGCUAGUGUCGUUCUGCAGGUACUUAUAACUCCAGCAGCCGGUGAACGGAUAUGUCAGGCUGUCUAGUGAUUGGGUGUAUUUAGCAACACAACGUAUUGAGAGUCCCCGGAAUGGACAGGUACUUGUAUGUUGUUGUUCUUUCGUUCACCCAGCGCUGCAUAUCAACACCUGCACUGCUCCUGUCAGUUUCCUCUGUGACCUUUUCAUAUAUUGUGCUGCUUGAACGGCCUUACGAUCAUUUUAUUGCAACGUUCGGCUGCUAAGACCAGACGUCUGUUAUACUAGGCUGGAGAGGGAUCGUUUAGUAGACUGCUUUGAAGGGGACUGGUACCACUUACGCGCAUCGCUUUGCGGAAUGUCGAAUUCUUUAGGUAACCGCGAACUGCAGAUAUUCUGGUAACCUUGGGAUGUUAUGCGGAUAGCGACUACUGGAGAAGAGCUUAGUGAGUACUGCACCGUAGGUCGACCUAUUUUGUCAGCAAAGGACUUCGAAAACAGUAUUCGAAAUUGAAAGUGAUGGAAACUUGCCGACACCGUGGUUAAAUUCGGUGACAAAUGUUACUGUGCCGAGAGUAUACUGUCUUCUUGAACUUAAUUUGGAAAAUACAUUGCAAACAUUCAUCUACCAAUAAUUCUCUUUUCGGCAAUUUUUACAUGGAAGAACCCGGUGGAAAAGUGGCUCAUUCGCCCCCUUGGAAAAGGUAUGGAAGGAGGGAUGUAAAUGCAAUCACGUGUUAGCGACAGCUUGAGAAAAACGACGACACAGCCAUUUGCCAGGUGAAAAUUGUGGAAUUCUUUCGAGGUCGACUGAUUUGACCAGACAAGUCAAGCUGUCCAGCUCUGCAGCGUGCAGGCCAUCGAAAUAAUCAGCCUCAGAUGCGCACUGUUGCUUUACCCAAAGAAGGCAUAGUUCACUAUUUAGUUGACUACGAGUUGACGAAGUCUCUUUCCGAAUGAAUUUCGUGAAUGGACAUUAAUUUAGUGAAUAACCGCGUUCCAACAUGACUCUGAACUCAACCUGUCAGGUUUUUUUUCUUCUUCUUCUUCCUUUGUGUCGAUUUCCUCUAGCCGUAUUAUGAAUACGCUGCAAACAACAACGUACCAAACGACUGCAACAAUGUAAGCGAAAUGCCUUCCUGUUUAUCCGUAUAACACCACACUUGAGACAUCACUCCCCUCAGGUGGGCAAAAGCAAUCCACAGACCGACCGCUGUGGCGUCGCUCAUGAUCUCAGUUGUCUCGC